AUGGGGAGAUUAGAUGCAACCCAGAUUUUAGAUGGUUUCGUAGAUAAGGAUCGUCGGGCUACACAUACAUCUCUGGGGGAAAAACAUUUCGCAACAAUUACAAAUGGAUAUGGGGUCACUAUUGCACCAUUCCAUGAUAUACCAUACCGGGUUGAUCUCUCAUGUGAAAAGAUUAGCAUACUUACCGAUAGAGAGAAGAUGAUUAAUGAUGAGAUACAUGUGGCCUUUGAAGGGGAGUUGAUUAAGCCGGGCAUGAUCGAAUCGACAAGGAUUGGUUUUCGUUCAAGUUCGACCCCUGUGAUGACUACUACGAGAAAGGAUAUCCAAAGUAAUGAAGAAGAAGAAGAUGAUGCGGAAAAGGAUGAGGAGGAGGAGGAAGGGAUAUCCAAUACAUGGAUGGAACACGAGGAACAGGAAAGGGAGGAAAGAGAAAUUCACUAA